AUGGUCCUGGUGCCAGUACUGGUCCCAGUGCCUGUCCUGGUCACACUGCUGGUCCCGGUGCCAUUCCCAUCCAAACCCAGUUCUGGUCCCAGUUCCAGUUCCAGUCCCAGUCGCAGUCCCACUCCGGUCCCAGUCCCAGUUCCUGUCCCAGUUUAA